AGCCACGCGCGGUGCUGCUAGCUCCUCGAUUCGUUCCUGAAUCUUUUUGUGCUAAUGCAUGCGCGCGACGCCGGCCUCCCUCUUUGCCCUCUCGCAUGCGCAUAAAAACUAGCUGCGGCAAAACGACGACGACCUCGUUUGCAUCUUGCGAGCGAUUUAAAUAGAUCGGCGCAGCUGCUGGCUUUGGUGGUAUCUUCUUGCUGUUCUCCCUCGGAUUGUCCGUCCUUCUUGUUGUCGUCGUCGACGGGGAUAUCAAGAAGAAGGGCAUGGAAUCGCACGAGGGGGGAGGAGGUGGCGCCGGCGAGGUGAGGCUGAUCAACGUGGUGUGUUUCCUGAGCCGCGGCGGCAGGACGGACCACCCGCACCUCUUCCGCGUCAACCACCACAACCGUGCCGGCGGCGUCCGCCUCCGCGAUGUCAAGAGGUGGCUCUCGGAGCUGCGCGGCAAGGACAUGCCGGACAAUUUCUCGUGGUCUUACAAGAGGAAGUACAAGGCCGGGCACGUGUGGCAGGGCCUGAAGGACGGCGACCUCAUCACGCCCGUCUCCGACAACGAGUACGUGCUCAAGGGCUGCGACGUCCAGGGGACACCUCCUCCCUGCGUCCAAGCGCCAAAGACUGCUUCUUUAGACGAGAAGGAACAGACGGAGAAGGAGGAGAAGACGCCGUGCAACCAUCAGAACCGCCCCGUUGAGGUGGUGCUGACCUGUGUUCUCGAAAAAGAGGUGGUGUUGACCUCAGAUUCCGACGAGAGCUCUCCGAAGCCGCUACCGCCGCCGCUGACCGACCAGGACUCGCCAGGCGCCGAGCCGGCGCGCCGUAAGGCACUGUUCAAGAUCGACCUGUCACGGCACCAUCACGAGCACAAGCAGCAGCAGGAAGAAGCGGCGAAGAAGGCCGUCACCAGGGCGGUGGCGCGGGCGGGGCCGGAGGAGCAGCUGCAGGGAGCGGCCAAGAGCCACGCGGUGGCUGGCAAGGCGCGGAGGAUGCGCGUGGCGCGGGCGCUCCACAACAUCCUGACGUGCGGCGCGGCCGACGCCGACGACGCCGCGCUCCGCCCCGUGGCGCGGCGCCAGCGGCGUAGCACCGCCGAGGCCGCUGGUGACGACUGGCCACCAACGCCGACGUGCCCCGGCAUGGACGGCUGUGGCCUUCGCGUGGGGCGGAAGGUGAGGUCGCAGAGGGGCGGGAAAGACAAGCAGGGCAAGCGAGAUGGACGGAAGCGAGACGGGCGCGGCGCGCACAAGCCGGCUGCUCUGCCGCUUUGCUCGCAGUGCGGGAGGGAGUUCAAGCCGCAGGAGCUGCAUUCGCACAUGCAGUCGUGCCGGGGGUUCAAGGAGCGGAUGAGGAGCAGCACCAGCGCCCGGACCAGCGUCGGCAGGAGCCGCAACUCCACCUCCACCGCGAGGCCUGCCGACCACGGGAGCAAGCCCGGCCAAUACUCCCCGGAGCGGCGGUCGUCCUCCGCCUCCGCCGUGUUCCUGAUCACGGAGUCCUGACGCGAUCGAACCGACUGCUUGCUCUUGAGGGGGAAAAAAAUUCCUGUUCGCGGAACGGGAUGUACAUCUUGUGGAUCGCCGCGACGAACUUCGGAUUGUUUAGCCUGGCAGUGGAAUAUAUUUGUUGGUUUGGGGAUUUUUGCAGCUAAAUUUCUUCUCGCGUGAAUAACUAGCA